AUGUUUCCUCAGGGAAAUAGGCAGGAUGGUGGUUUCCAUUCUCAACAAGCGCAAUGGUCUCACUACCAGCGUUCGUUAUCGAGCACACCAGAGGAGCCCUAUCAGCGAAGACCGCAAGAGUCUCUCACUCCCCCAGAAGGCUACGCUACUCUCGCAUCACCACCGACCAUAUACUCAAAUACCUCAUACCCACUCGGCCUGCAGCAGCCUGUACAGCCGCAACCGUCACAGGCAUUCUAUCCCACGUCAAAUCCAUAUGGAUUCAAUCAGCCCGGUUAUGAAUUCCCUCAAACAACCUUUGUUUCGUCUAAUACGUAUCCUACGACGACAGGGUCCAAUGUUGGACUUCCUAUGAGAGCUGCGACCUAUAUGAGCACGAAUAACAGCACAAACGUCAGUCCUACCGAGCCUGAAAGUCAAGUGCGCGUACUCGAGUCACGACCGAAACCCCAGUGUUGGGAUCAUGGUUGCAACGGUCGUGAAUUUUCUACCUUUAGCAACCUUUUACGACAUCAACGAGAGCGGUCUGGAGCAGCGGCGAAAUCUGAGUGUCCACACUGCGGAGCGGUUUUUACACGCACUACAGCACGAAACACCCAUAUUGCUCAAGGAAAGUGCAAGGGGAUUCGGGAAUCGACAGAGCAGUGA